UUUACUUCCUUGUUCAACACAAGCUGGCUCGGGGUGAUUCAAGUGAUGUGAGGAGAACAGCACCUGACCUGUGCAAGAUGUGUUUUGUUGUCUGUCUUCUCAUGAUCAUGCACGCAAUGUCGGUCAUAGCUGCGCAAGACUGUGUAGAUGGAUAUUACGGAGGAAACUGUUCACAGCAGUGUGGUUCUUGCAAAGAUGGUACUCAUUGCAACAAAAGUAAUGGUGAAUGUCCACAGGGAUGUAAGACCAACUUCCAAACACCAUAUUGCAAAGACUGUGAAGAUGGAUAUUACGGAGGAAACUGUUUACAGCAGUGUGGUUCUUGUAAAGAUGGUACUCAUUGCAACAAAAGUAAUGGUGAAUGUCCACAGGGAUGUAAGACCAACUUCCAAACACCAUAUUGCAAAGACUGUGUAGAUGGAUAUUACGGAGGAAACUGUUCACAGCAGUGUGGUUCUUGCAAAGAUGGUACUCAUUGCAACAAAAGUAAUGGUGAAUGUCCACAGGGAUGUAAGACCAACUUCCAAACACCAUAUUGCAAAGACUGUGAAGAUGGAUAUUACGGAGGAAACUGUUUACAGCAGUGUGGUUCUUGUAAAGAUGGUACUCGUUGCAACAAAAGUAAUGGUGAAUGUCCACAGGGAUGUAAGACCAACUUCCAAACACCAUAUUGCAAAGACUGUGAAGAUGGAUAUUACGGAGGAAACUGUUUACAGCAGUGUGGUUCUUGCAAAGAUGGUACUUAUUGCAACAAAAGUAAUGGUGAAUGUCCACAGGGAUGUAAGACCAACUUCCAAACACCAUAUUGCAAAGACUGUGAAGAUGGAUAUUACGGAGGAAACUGUUCACAGCUGUGUGGUUCUUGUAAAGAUGGUACUCGUUGCAACAAAAGUAAUGGUGAAUGUCCACAGGGAUGUAAGACCAACUUCGAAGCACCACAUUGCAAAGACUGUGUAGAUGGAUAUUACGGAGGAAACUGUUCACAGCAGUGUGGUUCUUGUAAAGAUGGUACUCAUUGCAACAAAAGUAAUGGUGAAUGUCCACAGGGAUGUAAGACCAACUUCCAAACACCAUAUUGCAAAGGCUGUGAAGACGGAUAUUACGGAGGAAACUGUUUACAGCAGUGUGGUUCUUGCAAAGAUGGUACUUAUUGCAACAAAAGUAAUGGUGAAUGUCCACAGGGAUGUAAGACCAACUUCAAAGCACCACAUUGCAAAGACUGUAAAGAUGGAUAUUACGGAGGAAACUGUUUACAUCAGUGUGGUUCUUGCAAAGAUGGUACUUAUUGCAACAAAAGUAAUGGUGAAUGUCCACAGGGAUGUAAGACCAACUUCAAAACACCAUUUUGCAAAGUUUGCAAGGAUGGCGUGUUUGGCACUGACUGUAGCAAACACUGUAAAUGCAGAAAUAGAACUGAAACAUGUGACAAGGUGACAGGUAACUGUAGAAGUGGAUGUCCUGCUGGGAUACGCGGAUCUGGAUGCCAGGAGGAAUGUGCGGACUACACAUACGGCUUCAACUGUUCCGGUGUCUGCAGCUGUCUGAACCAGUGUGAGGUGUGUGAGAAGAUGACGGGGGAAUGUCAAACUGGAUAUCACACUACAACAGCGGAGAAGAGCACAGCGAUUCCUUUGAAGAACGAAAAUAUUGGACACAAGACAGAUGUUCGUUUCAUCGUAGUGUGUUGUCUGAUGGUGGUGCUUGGCGUUUACUCAGCUGCAGCCACGACUCUCGUUUUCAGACUUAAACGAAAAAAUGCCAAAACCCAAGCUGAACUAGAGAAGCAGUAUAUGUCACUGGAGACUCGGGGGGGAUCCUCCGUCUAUGACGUCAUUGACGGAACUCAUACAUACAUCAAUGACGUACAACCUGAGAACAGUGUUUAUGAAAACACGACCAGGCGUGUCAUGAAACGCGAUGAACAUUCAUUAUAGCAUGCCUGAUGCCUUCACGAGAACAGUCAACAUGAUGGAGACACACGUGACAGAUGUCAUGUCCAAGUCCAUAUUGAAAUCAAAGAUGAUCUUGAAGAAGACCCAUGUCAUGUGUGGUCCUGAAGAUGAAUUGUCUCAAAAUGAAAGACAAUAAUACUUAAGGCAUGCACUUAUAUUCGACUAUUAGGAUAAACAGUGAGUGAGUGAGAAUGGUUUUACAUCGCUUUUAGCAAUAUUCCAGCAAUAUCACGGCGGGGGGCACCAGAAACGGGCUUCACACAGUGUACCCAUGUGGGGAAUCGAACACGGACCUUCGGCGUGACGUAUGAACGCUUUACCCACUAGGCUACCCCACCACCCCCUGACACACAGAGGGAAUUCAAGUUUGACCAACUCCUCUUGAGUCCCAUACCCCCGAAUUUUCAACAUGAAAAGGUACACAAGGUACCGCCGAUCUCACAUUUCACGCCUUGGCGAUUCAUUACAUCACAUCAAUAUUUUCUUGAACAGACCGACUCCACUUGACACGGAGAAUUAGCAUUGUGACCGUUGGGAGGGGUUCAGUGAUCAGGGGUAUGUCGGUGUAUGUCGCGUGUCAAGUCGAGUGGUGUGUUUGGUGUGUGCUUCAAGAUUGAUCAAAGGCGGUGCAUUUUGGAUAAAAAAAAUUAAAUGUACGUUCCCCCGUCUUUCAAAUUCAAAUACAGUUUUUCUCGGGUCAUAAUGUUAGAUAUGUGCAAUGUAUCGAGUAAUCUUACAAAAGUUUGAAUGAACGCAACAGCAGUUUAUGUGAGGACAGUCAGCAGAAGAAUAACUAAGUCUAAUCAUGUUAAAGUGUUACGUAUAUAUUGUUCUAUUCAUUCUUGUAGUCAUCCUUCUAAAACUGAUUACAUCUGUAUCUUUAAGUAAGUUUUCUCUGAAAUGUCUUGAUAAUGAUGACAGCAAUUUCCAGUAAUAAAAACGUGUAUUAUGUUUA